GAAUUAUGAGGUAAUCUUCAAACCUACGUGGCCCAACCCAUGGUCGACAACGAAGAACACUCGAGAGGUGCACAUCUAACAUACAUCUCUAAACUACGCCACAACAUCAUCAUCCUAGAGUCAAAACAAUCUCUUCAUCUCUAAACUACGCCAUACAGCAACUCACCUGUCCCGCGAAACACCCGAUCACCACAACCCACUUUACUAUAAAAACACACCAACUACCCCAAACUGACCGGAGAAAGCAGACCCAUAAAUUUUCCGGCGAAAAGAUCCCAACUUUAAUGGCUGCUGCUUCCAUUAACACCUCCUUCAAACCCCUUUACAAACCCACCAAAGAUUUCAAAUCUUUUGUACCCAUUUCACCAACCCCCAAAUUACUAACAAAAUCCAAGAAUCUCGCCGGCGCCGGAGCUGUAAAGGCGGUGGCGAAGGAGCAGGAUGUGAUUCCGGUGAAGAGUGAUGAUGAAGUUGGAAAGUUGAUAAGUGAGAUUGAAGGGGAUGAAGCAGGGGUUCAGUUGAUUGGUGGGUUUGGUGGGAGUGAUGGAAGAUUGUCAUUUGAAGGUGGGUUUUCAUCGGCGGCGAGUGGUAGUGGUGGUGGUGGUGAGGUGGUUGAAGGGGAGACUAGUGUUGAGAAGUUGAUAGAUAGAGGUAUUAAUGCUGCAAUUGUUUUGGCUGCUGGGACUUUUGGGAUUACUAAGAUGCUCACUAUUGAUUAUGAUUAUUGGCAUGGUUGGACCUUAUUCGAAAUACUGAGAUACGCACCUCAACACAAUUGGAGUGCAUACGAAGAAGCUCUUAAACAAAAUCCACUCUUGGCAAAAAUGAUAAUAAGUGGAGUUGUAUAUUCAAUAGGAGAUUGGAUUGCACAGUGUUGUGAAGGAAAACCACUUUUGGAGUUCGAUCGCACUCGCAUGUUUAGGUCCGGUCUUGUGGGCUUCACUCUUCAUGGGUCACUUUCUCACUACUACUAUUAUUUCUGUGAGGCACUUUUCCCCUUUCAAGAUUGGUGGGUGGUACCCGUUAAGGUGGCGUUCGAUCAAACUGCCUGGGCAGCAGUAUGGAAUAGCAUUUAUUUCGUAGUUGUGGCACUUUUACGGUUUGAAUCACCGUUGACUAUUUUUAAUGAAUUAAAGGCGACGUUUUUUCCCAUGUUGACUGCUGGUUGGAAGCUUUGGCCGUUUGCUCACAUUAUAACGUAUGGUGUCGUACCUAUUGAACAAAGACUCUUGUGGGUCGACUGUGUUGAGCUGAUUUGGGUCACAAUACUUUCAACUUUAUCAAAUGAGAAAUCAGAAGCAAGGAUAUCAGAUGCACCCGCAGACCCGAAUACAAUCUCAGCUUUUGAACCUUCGGAGGAAUAGGUACCCAAAAAUCGGAAGAAUGAGCGUAAAAACCGAACAAUUUCUCCCUUAUCCGCGAUCAAAAUGGUAAAUCCGCAUUUGCUGAAAGGUGUGUGGAAUCCAAGUGUGAUAUUUGUAUAGCCCUUAUGAGCAGAUAUAUAUCUGUUUAUAUGCGUGCAUCGUACUCUCCCUUCGUCUUAGUUUUUUUAAAUUUUGGUAGAAUUUAACUCGACAUAUAUAGCGAGCGUAUUCAUGAAAACACUGUAAAUUCUUACACUUUUUAGCAAAUUUGUAUAUAGUUAUUCUACAUGAAGUGCAUGAUCACAAGAGUAAA